CAUGCAAGUUGUCCAGUCGAAGGAUGACGAUGAUGAUUUCCUUAAAGAAGGAAGAAGGCAAACAGAAGAAAGAUCACAAAUAGCCCUCGCAAGGGUGAAAUCCAUGCAUCAGCACCCAGAGGCAAGAGAACAGUAUUGCAGGCUGCGCAAUGUUGUUGCUGAGAUCCAGGAGGCCAAGGCUAUGUGGGAAUGGGCUAACAACUCUGAAGUGAUGGCCGAGUUUGAUGAGCUGGUCGAUCUUGGAACAUCAAUGGAUGAUGACUCUUUCAUGCCUUCAAAUUCUUGAGCCGACCUCGGUUAUCCUAUUUGAAUAGAAGCUGAAAUUUGUUUGUAAAUGUCGUCCCUGUUGAGUCUCCUAAUUAUUAACUGAAGUAGGUUAGGAAUGUAUCAGAUGGAAGCAGUAGUGCUGUAUUGUCUUGGUGUGCACAGUAAUAAUGUGUAGUCUUGAGUUGUAAUAAGAACACUGAAGUUAAAAGAGGGAAAUGGUAUAUGAUAUGAACAAACUCAAAAAAGUUUUUUAGUUAA